AUGUCGCUAUUGCCACAGGAGGUCCAUGUUGCCCUCGCGCAGCUCUUGCUUGCUCUCGCUUCCGCAGACAAUAUCGUUCGAACUCAGGCUGAGGAACAGUUGAAUAAUGAAUGGGUCCAGGGUCGUCCAGAUGUCUUGCUCAUAGGGCUGGCGGAACAAUUACAGGGAGCGGAAGAUGCUGGUACACGAUCGUUUGCCUCCGUUCUCUUCCGUCGGAUAUCGACGCGGUCUAUGAAAUUGGCAAAUUCCACGGAAUCUAAGGAGUUGUUCUUCACUCUUUCACAUGAACAGAGAAUGGCUAUUCGACAAAAGCUGUUGGAGUCGCUCAGCAAUGAGGGCGUAGCCCAUGUGCGGAAUAAGAUUGGUGACGCUGUAGCUGAAAUUGCAGGACAGUAUGCCGAAAAUGGUGAACAAUGGCCUGAGCUUCUGGGAGUACUCUUCCAGGCCAGCCAGUCUAAUGAUCCGGGUGUGCGCGAUUCCGCAUUCCGGAUAUUCUCGACGACACCGGGUAUUAUUGAGAAACAACAUGAGGAUAUGGUUCUAGGUGUUUUUUCGAAGGGGUUCAGAGAUGAGAAUAUUUCUGUCCGAAUAUCCGCAAUGGAAGCGUUUUCUUCCUUUUUCCGCUCCAUCCCUAAAAAGAGCCAGAGCAAAUACUUCUCCUUAGUCCCGGAUGUCCUCAACAUCCUACCACCCUUGAAAGAAGCUGAUGAGAGUGAGGAACUCUCCAAGGCUUUCAUUGCUUUAAUUGAGCUGGCAGAAGUGUGCCCUAAGAUGUUCAAGGCGCUUUUCAACAACUUGGUCAAGUUCAGCAUUAGUGUUAUUGGCGAUAAGGAAUUUGUCUGA